AUAGGGUCAGGAAUGGGGUCAGAGGGGUCAGGAACGGGGUCGGGGGGGUCAGCGGGGUCAGGAAUAGGGUCAGUAGGGACAGCAAUAGGGUCAAGGGGGUCAACGUGGUCAACGAGGUCAAUGGGGCCAGUAAUAGGGUUAAUGGGGUCAGUAAUAGGGUCAAGGAGAUCAGUAAUAGGGUCAAGGUGGUCAAUGGUGUCAAUGGGGUCAACACGAUCAAUGAGGUCAAUGGGGCCUGUAAUAGGGACAAUAGGGUCAGUAAUAGGGUCAAGGGGGUCAAUGGGGUCAAUGUGGUCAAUGGGGCCAGUAAUAGGGUCAACAGGGUCAGUAAUAGGGUCAACGGAGUCAAUGUGGUCAAUGGCACCAGUAAUAGGAUCAUAGGGUCAGUAAUAGGGUCAAUGGGGUCAAAGGGGACAAUGGGGUCAAUAUGAUCAAUAGGGCCAGGAAUAGGAUCAAUAGGGUCAGAAAUAGGAUCAAUAGGGUCAGAAAUAUGGUCAAUGAGGCCAGUAAUAGGGUUAAUGGGUUCAACGCGAUCAACAAGGUCAAUGAUGCGAGUAAUAGGGUCAAUAGGGUCAGAAAUAGGGUUAAGGGGGUCAACGUGGUCAACGAGGUCAAUAGGGUCAGAAAUAUGGUCAAUGGGGUCAAUGGGGUCAAUGUGGUCAAUGGGGCCAGGAAUAGGGUCAAUAGGGUCAGUAAUAGGGUCAAGGGGGUCAAUGAGGUCAGUGUGGUCAACGGGGUCAACGCGAUCAACGAGGUCAAUGGGGCCAGGAAUAGGGUCAAUGGGGUCAGUAAUAGGAUCCGUGGGGUCAAAGGGGACAAUGGGGUCGAUGUGGUCAACAGGGCCAGGAAUAGGGUCAAUAGGGUCAGUAAUAGGGUCAAUGGGAUCAAUGAGCUCUAUGUGGUCAAUGGGGUUAACACAGUCAACGAGGUCAACGGGGCCAGGAAUAGGGUCGGCAACGGAGUCAACGGGGUCGGCUAUGGGGUCAGUUGUGGGGUCGGCUAUGGGGCCAGCCCCCCGACCUGGCGCUGCUCCACGCGGGUGCUGCCGUCCAGCCGCAGGUAGAUGUGGCCGUGGUAGGUGAGGAAACGCUCCAGGACGUCCAACAUCCGGGUCAUCUGGGUGAAGAUGAGCACGCGGUGCGAGCCGGCCUUCAGCCGCCGCAGCAGAACGUCCAGGGUCUGCAGCUUCCCUGUUGGGGGGCAAAGAGGGGGGUUAUGGGGUCGGCUAUGGGGUCGUUGGGGUCAAUGGGAGCAUUGGGUUCAGCAACGGGGGCAGUAAUGGGGUCAUUGGGGUCAAUGGGGGUCUUCAAAUGGGGUCAAUGGGGUC